GGAAGAUAAAAUUGUACUUAGUCAUAUCAAUUCAAUUUUUUUCACGGUGUGUUAAUUAAUAAUUUAUUACAAAUCCAUACAAUAACAAACCUUAUAUAAAUUCAAUUUAUAUGAACAGGAUAUUAUACUCACGUUUCAUCACCAUUUUUCUUUACAAGGCUGAUUUCAGAUCCUUCAAUUACAAUUUUAAACCCAUCAAUUUCAGAAGGUAAUUUCUUACUUUUUUGUAACUUUCUUUCAGCUGAUAUUUCCUCCACAAGAAAAUCAGCAAGUUCUUUCUCUCCUAAGAAAAUUAAUAAUUUUUUUAUUGACAGAAUAGUCUUCACCACAACCACAAUAGCAAUGAUUCGUUUAAAAAAUGCAUGUCAAAUUUUCCUAUUGGUUAAUAAAUUCUACCCUAACCUAUUGGUAAAGAAUCCAAUAGUAAAUAAUUGCAAUAUUUUAGUUUUGAAAUAAUAGAAAGAAAUCUCUAAGAGAAGUACAAAUUUUAAAGUUGUUAAUAAAGAAUGAUAAAGCAUGCUGAAGAACUGUAUACAUAUGCAAAAUACACAUCAUAUUGAAGCAAAGAAGAUAUAAUAUUUAUUGAUUAUGCAAGAGACUUAUAUGUACUUAAGAUAUUGCACUAAAACAUUACCACUUAAGACAUGAAUAAUUUUUGUUUUAUAUUCAUCUAAGCUUAACCAUAUCACCAGUUUUCUCUAAAAAGGCAUCCAACAAAUCACUAAUCUUUAAAGGAGUAUAAGUGGCAGGAUAUUUAAGAAAUUGAUGUUUUCACUAACGUUAUAUCGCAAGAUCUAAAAGGUGAAUCUCUAAAUAUAAAAGUUACAGUUAAGGUAUUUAAACAAAUCAGGGCUAUUCAUGUCAAGAAUAUAAAAUCUGAAAUAUUUGAUAUAUUAAAUCCAUCCAUUUUUACAGAAUAGUAACUAUAGAGAAAAAGAAAAUAACUUUAUUCUGGGACAGUGUCUCUAAAAGAAUAUCAACUGUGUAUAAUGAAAAAAUAUAUUACCUUUGACCAAAGAGCUAUAUUACAUCAAAAAUAUAAAAUUUAAAUAAAAACAUCAUUAUAAAAAAAUAUACAAAAAAUGAAGCACGGUAAAAAAAGUAAAUAUUUAUUACAUUGCAGAAGAAUUAUUAAAUUCUUUUAGAAGUAAUUAUAAUUUCAGGUUAAUUGUAACUUAAAUGACACCACAACCUAUGUAUUAAGAUUAAAUUAAAAACACAAUUUUAGCAUGCAAGACAAACAUUUUGGAAUUUCAACCAUGAAAUUAGCACACAAAUUAUUAAACUAAGCAUCAGGCAAUCAGUUAAUAUACAGUCAAAAAGCCAUUGAACCUUAUUCCAUUUGUUUGGUAAUGUAACUGAAAGGUUGUAAUUAGGAGGAUAAUAAUAAAGAAAAAAUCAAUGAAUUCAGAGGUUUGAUGCUGAUCAGGCUACUUUAUCUCAGAUUUAAAUUUUUAUUCUCUGGCAAAUAUAAAAGAAAUAGACAGGAUAAAGACAAAUAAUUGAACCUUAAAGAAUAAACCAAUUUAGCACCUAAUAUACCCGUUAGCGUAUUCACAGCUAGUGUUAAGACAAAUUGUAAGUUGAUAAAAAAAUCAUCAGUAAAAUAGUUGCAACCAAAAGAUCUUUCACUCCAUUAAAUUCUUAAAGAAUGUAACAGCCAACAAAUUCUUAAAGAAUGUAACAGCCAACAAAUUCUUAAAGAAUGUAACAGCCAACGAAUUCUUAAAGAAUGUAACAACCCAACAAAUUCUUAAAGAAUGUAACAUCCAACAAUUUCUUAAAGAACGUAACAGCCAACAAAUUCUUCUACUCCAAUUAAUAAAUAAAAAAUGUAACAUAACAGCUUCACCAUUAGAAAAGAGUUCAAAUAACUUGGAGGGCCUAAACUAUAACUGCCUAAAAAUGAACACAACAGAAUGAUGCCAGAAAAACUUAACUGUUGAAUUUAAAAAAAAAAAAGGUGAUCUACAGAUCUAAUAUGGAAUGUUAAAGAGAGACAGAAAAUUGAUCAAUGAGAAUUGGGAAUUAUAACUUAAACCUACACAUCGUCAACUAAUAACAGGCAGGCAACAGCUAUAACAAAUUAAAGGUGCCAGUGAUUGAACAAAGCUAGAAAUGUGAAGUAUGGUCACUUAACUUUCCUAUGUAAAAUUUGGGAAAAAUAUUACUAUUUAUGAUAUAUAAAUAUGGCUAUUUAUAUAAUGACCAAUUAAGAAACAAAUAACUGCUAGAACUCGAUUUAGGAAAACAUAUCACCAUAAAUGUCGGAAUAUAGCAUGAUCCAAUAAAAACUCAAGAAAUUAUGCCAGGUCAUCUCUCUAGGAAAUGUUUUUAGAAGCUCACAAUUAUCUAGGAACUCUUUCGAAGAGCACUAAUUCAAAGUAUUUGUCUAGCUUAUCACCCUAGCUUAACAUAGCCAGUAUCACUUAAUUAAAAAUAGGAAGAUGUGGGAAACAUUUGUAAAUUAAGGCAUGUAAGUGAAGAUGAGUAUAUUACAAAUUUAAUGUAAUCUAACAAUAAAAUAUUUUUUUAAGAAAGAGAUCAGUUCAUAAAUAACUGGAAUAAUAAAAUUCGAAAAAUGUAGUCAUUUUAUAUGUUUAUAAUUAUUUAUGAACUCAUGAAACUAAAGAAAGGCUAAAACUCCCAGGUUUCAGGCUUGCAACUCACCUCAUUCAAUCAAAAUACUGUGUACUCAAGCACUAUUUAAUUAUUAAAAUUAGGAAUACCAUUCGUAUGGCAUUAAAUAUGAAUAUAUAUCUCGUGUACUAUGAGAUCAUGUGCUGCCCAUGAAUUAAAUUAAAUACUGCGGUUUAAAAUUACCUUAUUCAAAGUUAUUGGGCUGCAUAAUAAGAAAAAGUACUUAGUCAUUUUAAUGUCAAUUGGAAACAUAAAAAAUGUUCAUCUCAAUAUCAAUAUAAUAUAAUCUAAACGUUAGUUAAUAAUCAGAAAUACAGGGCAGUUUCGAUUAUCCAAGCCCUCCCUCCCUCCCCCAGAUAAUCCGAACAAGUAAAAAAAGUUAAAGUUGACUGAUAAGAAGGAAUUGAAAUGGCUCUGUUUCACAGAACAUAUUAAUGGAAUUGCUUCAUGUGCUAGUAUUUAAAUCCUAUUUCGGUGUCUAAACUGAAAAAAUUAAAACUAGGUGGUCAUCCAUAAAUUGAGGAAUCUCUUUUUAUGUGGUUUUUGCAGCAUAGAUCAAGAGGGUGUGUGAUUUCCAGAGAUAUAUUAGCUGAAAAGCCAAAUUUUCUUUAAAAUAAUUUUAAAGGAUGACGACGCAGAUAUUAAUGCCAGUAAAGGUUGGCUUGAUAAUUUCGUAAGUAGGUAUGGAAUACAUUAACAUAUAAUUUUGAUUUCACUUGAACAUUUGAUAUACCUGAAUUCAUUUUAGAAUAUGGAUAAGUCAUAGAAACGCUAUGAAGGCAUUUAAUACUUGCUUGGAAUGUCGGCUAUGGAAGCCAACAAAAUCAGAGACUUAAUGUACAUUAAAUGAUCAUUUACAUAAAUUUUUUUUUUGAUAGCCAAGUUUUCAUAUUUAGCUGACAAAGCAUGUAUUUUUGUUGCCUAGGAUUUUUCCAUCACUUUAAAUUUAACCUUUGAUAAUCCCAACAGGCUAAGAAAUCUACGUGUUCGAAUUAACAUGACCGUCCUGUAAUUCGGUAAUUGUGGGUCACGAAAGUCAUCGGCUGAAGAAAACAAAACAGGCUGGGAAACAUUUCAGUGGAAACAUUACCUACCCUGUAAUAAAAAAGAUGCAUUCUACGUGUGAUCAUGUGUCAGUCUAUCAUGUUACAGUGAAACUGGUUUAAUAGUACCGGUCAAAGUAUUGACCAAAUAUUAAACAUUAUUGGAACCAAGUUACCAAAAAAAGAAAGUUGACAUAAUUACUAAAAGUAAUAACAAAAACUGCAAAAAUAAAUUUGCUCAUCCCCCCACUUCAAGAAUGUCCUGGCAGCACUUGGUGGUUAUAACCUACCUCUUGAGAUUCUUCUAGAACAUUUUUUAGGAAUACCAAUGAAAAUUAAUCAUGGUUUAAAUUAGAUGUGGCAUUUUUAAGUUGGGAAACAAUUAUCAUAAUCAUUUCCUGACAUCAUACUAAUAUCUCAAAGAAUUAGGAAAAGGUGAUAACCUAUCAACUCCUAACAACUACCAAGUAGCCUUUUGAAAUGAUAGGAGUGUAACAACAUUUAAAGGACUAAACUAAUUAAUUCAAAUCAAUUCUUUAGUAAAUCAAUCCAUACCUUGAGUAAAAUCAGUGGCUGCUACUCCAGGGGCAGUUUCUGUAGCAGUUUUAGACAGGAAAUUACCACCUUUCAGAAUGAACAGGGUUAGUAAUCAACAAUAACAAUUAUAAGCUAUGAUAAUGAUAUAAAUUAAUGACAAACUGAUCAUUUAAUUGCUGAAAAUUAAGUUAACAAAACAUCUCUUUCCCACCUUGCCCACUAAAUAUUAAUUAAUGUAAUACCUCGAGUGUGUACACUUCUUAAAGAAGAACAUUGACAAAAAUUGUGUUUGCGGCACUUAUGAUGAAAAGUUUCCUGAGAUUGCGACAAGUUCCAGAUACUCCUGGUAGCUUGGAUUUUGGUGACAUUAACAGUGGAAUUUGUACCGAAAAGUUUUCCAGCCGAUUUAAGAGCAGGAAUUCUUAAAGCAUUCUUAAUUAUUACACUCAUUUUGAAACUUAUUAUCAAAAAGUACCGGUACAAGGAGUCACAACGUGCUAUCAAACAUUCAAUGCCCUCGGAACAAUAUUACCAACAUUACGAAAUUCGUCGACAAGAAAAAUAAAUUUACAGUUUAUUUUUUAAAUGUGAUGAGGUUUAUGUUAAACUACUUUUAAAUUUAUCGAAAAUGCUUCAUGAUUAAAAUACGUCUUGAAAAAAGUGUAUGUAAAACGAUCUUAACAUGUGUAUAUUUCAAUAUUUCAACUUUUGAAACUUGACAUUGUCUCUUUAUGGUUAUUUAAAUUUAAUGUUAUUUAUACUUUUCAUUUUCAACGUAUCAGAACUACUACAAAUAAUGUGUCUUGAAUGACUUUAAAAUUGUCGUGCAUUAUUAUCAAUGCCAUUAUCGGACUGUUAUCAAUUCAUAAUAAAUACUACAUACUUUUAGUUUGAUUUGAAAAAAAAUGACAUCUAAUAAUUGUAAUUUAACAUUAGAGGUUUCCAAACAGUAUUGAUUGCUUUAAUUUCUUAUUGCAUAAUUUUAUAUCGUGAGCUUUAUUUUUUAAUGCUUUAAUUAUGGACAAUUAUCACAAAAUUAGGAAGGAAGAGUAUGAAAUGCUUCAAGCUAUGUAUGAUUUUAAUGCAACUAUAGCUCAAACAUUAAGUUUUAAGAGAGAUGAAUAUUUUAUAUUUCAUUCAAACAACAAUAUAAAAAAGAAUUGGUGGUAUGUAAUUAACUCCAAUGGGAAAGUAGGGUACAUUCCUUCCAACUACGUUACAACAACAUUGGUUAGUAAAGGAAAAUGUAUUGAAUUUUUGAGCAAUGCCAUUGAAAAUCUUAGUUGUGAUAUUUCUAAAGAAGGUGGAACUGACAAGCAAUUAGAAACUAUGAAAGAACUUAUAUCAAAGAAACAAGAAAUUAUAGAUAGAAGACAUAAAUCUCCUGUUUCUGUGAAAGAAAAAUUAACAUCAUCAAAAUCACUGCCCAAUUCACAAACAAAUCAAUCGGAAAUAAAAGUUUCAAAUAAUGUACCCGAGCAGUCUCCUCUUGCAAUGAGGAUAUCGCAGUCAGAGACCAAAAUAACACCUUUAAGUAAUGAAAGAAACGUUCCUGACUCUAGUGUUUCGAUUCAAGGUUGUAAUGUGACUAUCAAUUCUGUUUAUUCAUUAAUACAGAUGGUUAGAUGUCAGACAGGAUUGAGUCAUGAAGAUUCUCGUAUUGCUGUUGGAGUUGUCGCUGAAGGUUUACUGGAUGUUCUUCCAUCAGUAGCCUCUUCAGGAUUAGAGAAGGUUCUGGACCAGUUACGAUCUCCUCUAGAUCCUCCUUCAAGCCUUAUCGAUAAAACGCAAGAUGCUAUAUUAAUGAGAAAAGCUUUAAAACACCUAACAGCUGCACGGGAUGAUGCCCAGCAACGUUCAUGGGCACUUUGGGAUGACGAAGCUGCAAUCAGGCAAUCUAUUUUAGAUCUUUCUUCUAUAUUAACAAAUGCUGAUCCAAUAAUUUGUAAAAGAGUACUUAAGACAAAUGAAUUUUCGGAUAUCAUUAUGUUAGUUGAUUAUUAUCAAAUGGAAGAACGAGCCAGUAUCCGACAACUUCUUAUUCAAGCAUUUGCUGUAAUGUGUUGCUUAGACUUGGUCAUUAUAAGCUUACUAUUAAAUUCUGUGCUUCCAAUGGAAUUGGCCAGGGAAAUGCAGAGCAAUGUAAAUACCAGCCUUAAAUUACACAAACCUGCAAUGCUGUUGGCUAUGAUACUUUCUUCAGGUGAAGCAAUGCCCAUUACUCAUUUGGAUCAGUUAGGAAUAGAUUUCAUUAAAAUGAUAUUGGAAGUUAUUGAAUUGGAAGCUAAUUCAGAAAUUGGAGAUACCAUGUUAACCUUAAUCUUAUCUUAUAAUCUGCAAUUCAAACCUAAAUCUCCUGCAAAUAUAACAAUUCAAGCAGUUUCAGAAGUUCAUGCAACUAAAAAUUUUACUGAAAAGGUGCUUCUGCUUAUAAACCGAGAGAUUGAUCCAGUUCUUAACUUAAAAACGCCUGUAUCGCCCUGUAACUCUGUACUCAAACUUUUGAUGGAUUUAUUUCAAAAUCCAUGUACCGCUGAACUGUUCUACACAAAUGAUGUCCGUGUACUUAUUGACAUAAUAGUGAGGCAGCUUACUGAUCUUCCACCCAAGGACCAGAAACGUACAAACUAUUUAGAGCUGUGUAAGCUGGUUCUUACAAGUUGUGACCCAUUAGCCUUCGAACAUCGUUUAGAUGAAUUAAAGUCUCGUUUUAGUUAUAUCCUUACUGAAGAAAUACCCCAAGUUGAUGAAGAUAAAAAUGUUGUUCGUGAAAUAGCUGCAAGUUUGCCAAAGUUUUUUGGGAUGGCUGGAACUAGAUAUGGAUUGUGCUCUAGGAUUUGGAUGAUGAGUGAGAUUCUGGACUGGAGACUGGAAGGAUUGAAUGUGCUUGAUGCUAGAAAGUUUUGAUGUCUCCCACAGUUCUAUUCCGUAAGUCCAAAUAGGUUACAGGAUUGUCUUGUAGAUUAGUAGUUUGUUGUCGACUGAAAGUUGAAAUUUUCUAUUCAAUAGUCUAUACAGAUAGCUUUCCAUAUCAUCUGCUAAGUUGUCAUCUUUUAAGUAUUGUAUAUGGGUUCCAUGUUAGUUUUUUAUCUAAGAGAAAGCCAAGAUACCGGACUGUGUCGGAGAGAAGAAGUGGUAUGAAGUUGAAGUAGACUGAUGAACAGAUAUUGCAUCAAAGGGUAAAGGUGAUAUGUUACCCAUAAAACCCCCUCAUCAAGUUGAAGUGCAUUUUAAAUGGAGCUAAAGCUUAAAGCUUACAGAUAACAUAUCAUUAAGACCAUUGCAAUUAAAAAAUGUCCAUUUAAUAUAUCGACGGUAGGCAAUAAAAAUUUAGUCACUCCAUCUGCUUUUAUAAACUACACAACUUUCUUUGCUUUUAUAAACCACAGAAUAACAAACUCCAAUUUCAACAUUUUUGAGUAAUGUUAUUUUACUGAUAUCUUUAGUUUUACCCACCGGCACAAUAACCUAAAGCAUCGUAUAGCCGAAUUCCUAGAAAUAAAAAACUAUAAAUGUUUUUUAAACAGGUCGAAAAACCUCAAAAUUUACUGUCUGGAUUCAAAAGGGUCAACAAGGUUCAUUAACAUCUUAGUGUUCAAUGCGACGGAAAAGGAGGCACUCAUAGUGGAUCCCAUGAUCAGAUUCGAAACCAACGAUCAAGAUCAGAAUUUCAAGGUACAGGCAGAGAAAGGGGAAAUUUAUAUGAAAUGCAUAUCUUACUUGAACGAAAAGUACAGAGAUGAAUUCGGUGAGAGAGAAUACUUAGUUAAAGAGCUAUGGUUAGAAAUCAGAGGAAGCAUCUCUCUUGAUACAAGUAAUUUCUUGCAGAGGCUCAGUGUUGGAAAGUAGCUGAUGCAGACUAUGACGGUAACAAUUAUUUUACACUCUUUAGGAAUCCUCCAUCACCACAUAUAUUGAUCUAGGCCUUCACUUAUUUGAUUCUAUAAACCGUUUUUGGCAUGUCUGAUAUGUAUUCCAGUGGUCCGACCUAACUCUCUCAUAUUUUUAUACAGUAAUUAUCUUUUGAUUGAUUAGCAUGCUGUGUCGUUUGGCAACUCAACACAGUUGAGCAGCCGUGCAAUGUUGUAUUUCUCUCUACUUACUUACUCGAGGCCAGAUUGUCAGAAUCAAACGAUCAUGUGAACCAUAACGAAAUAUUAGUGGCUUAAAACCAACAAAUAAUGAAUUCAUUAAUUCUACAAUCACAGUUGUUGGCUCAGUUAUUUCAAACAGUUUAUAAUAUAUUAAAUGAAUCCGUAACAUUUGAAACAUUUCUUGUUUGAAAGGAGACUUUUCAGUUAUACAAAGAACUAAUACAAAAAAAUAUUUUGACCUGAUAUAAGUUACAGUAAAUAUAGCAAUUCAAAAAAAUUGAAUCAAAAAUAUUAAUUUAUGUAUUGGUAGCAAAAUAUUAUGAUGAACUGAUAAACCUGUUAAGUAAACACCUCUGCUAAAAAAUCUUGUAAGUGACAAGGACUUAUCUGAUAAAGAGUUGAUAGGAAAAGAUUUGAGGGUUUGAUUAAGUUUAUCCAAAUGAAAUGUAAAAACGCUGUUUAUUUUAUGGAUGUAUGUCUUUUUGAAAAUAAGCUCUUCAAUUACUAAAAGUGAUUUUAACCACUUUUAAAAAAGAAGUCUGUAAAUUAAAAAAUAUUAAUUGUAUGAACUACUGUGCUGAUAGGAGUGUGAUGUUUUUAUAAUUAUAGAAAUUAGAUUAAGGAGUAUAUUGAUUCUUUUAGACUUCUAUUGUAUCUUCCUUCAUAUGCUUAAUCUUACAUAUUAAUUAUUAUUAGUGUUUUGUUUUUAUUUUUUACAACUCUUUUUUUGUAUUAUUAACAAUUUUUUUAUACUUUGACUGUUUUUUAAGUAGUGGAAAGAUGCCACUUAAAUAUAUAAGGCUCCAAGUUUUGUUCCGAAAUUACUAUUUAUAAAAAUGUAUGUGGUGAAAUGAAUAUUCCCUCCAUUAUUUACCAUUUGUUAUUAUUUAACAAUUUGUGUGUCAUGAAAACUUUAUAUUGUUAUAGCUAUUAUUUAUUUUAAUAUACAUAUCCUGGUGCUUUCCAAAUAGAUCUUAACAUACUUCAUAUGUCUUCACUUAAAGUAGUGAUUAAUUGUAUCAUCACAUGUUUAGUGUACUUCACUUUUGUAAUGGCUCAAGUCCAUUUGUUUUUGUGCCAGUGUAUACACAUGAAGGGGCAUAGGGGCUUAGAUAUCACUGGUUUUCUGAAAAUUUUCUAUUUAUAUGCUUGUAUUUUAUAGUAAUUACUUUCCCAUUUUAAUCAAUAGGAUUGUAAUUGCUUAACAAUAAUUUUCAUCACAAAACUAAUAAAGAAGUAAGUGAAGUAGUCUGCUUCCAGUUUUAAAAUAAAUGUCUUCCUCUUAAUAUUCUAAUUUGUGAGAAAGAAUCCAUUUCCUUUUUAAUUAUAUACUUAAGCAAAUUAGGAUAUAAUUUUAAUUUUUAUUGAAGCUCAGACAUGUUCCAUUGAUGUGAGUAUUCGGUCCAAAACCUAUGUGAUAGAAUUUUAGUAUUAAUUAGAAUGAAUAAAGUUAUAAUAUUUUACCAUCUCCUGUUAGAAUACACCUUGUGAUAUUGACAAAAAUUAUGAAUAAGUUAUUCAUUUGUCAAACUUCAAUGUUCAUUAUCCCAUAGUCAAUCUUUUGGAAAUGGAAGUAGCAAAUAGAUUUUUCUUAGAAUAAGAUCUCAUUUUGAUCUAGAAUACUGAUCUGUUUAAUAGAUGUAUUUAAUCUCCGUUUAUCACUUAGCAAUUAGAUGAAAAUGUUAUAAUUUAAGAAAUUCUGUGCCAAUUUGAUGUUAUGAGAAAAUUAUUUCAUUAGAUUAAUAGAUAUAUCAUUGUUGAAGAAAACCCUUUCUUUGUACAGUCUCAUUUAUUUAUAUUGCAUUUAACCUGGUGCUUUCGGUGCUCUGUCCCAUAUUCGACGAAUACAUAACGAAAGCUCUGGGUAACAUAUGAAAUAUAAUUAAUGAGACUGUAGAAAGAAAGGGUUUUCUUCCAUAUUUCAAUAUAAAAUACAUAGCCUACCUAUGAUAUAUAUAUAAAAUAUACCUUGUGUCUCUUAUAAUUUUUAUUAUCAAUAUAUAAGUUCCAUUAUAUUUUUUUUUUAACAAUUCAGCUUUUUGAAUAUUGUUGUAUAAAGUAAUAUAACUUUUAAUGAUCUUAAAUUUUUAAUAAUUCUUUAUUUUUCUAUAAGCACAAUUUCCUUAAUAUAUAAAUAAAAUUGUACAACUUAAUGUAUGUAUAUUGUACCUUCUCAUAACUGCCUUAGCACCACAUCAUCGAAUAUGAUAGCUUUAGUGCCUGUUAAUAUUAAAAUAAAUAUUUCUAAUUAUAAAUAUAAUUCUGUUAUGGAUUGGGUAGUUUAUUGGUGUUUUAAAUUGAACUGCACUUCUAUUUUGACAAUUGCACUGUUCAAGAAUAACAUGCUGUUGAAGCUUUCAGUAACUUAUGAUGUUUAAAGUUUGAUGGUCCUUUUGACAUAAUCUUGAAUUUGACUUUGAACUUUUCAAUUUAUAUAUGUGCCAACUUUUUAGUACCAUUGAAUCUAAAAUUAAUCAUUGUGAAACUGUUGAAAUACAUAGAAUUAUUAAAAUAUUAAAAAUUUAGAAAAGCACACUCUGUUUUAAGAUAAAUAAAAUCAUCAUUUCUGUGAUCGAUUUUCUGUUUACUUGUUAUAUAAAAAUAAAUAAAUUUGAUUUUAUGGAAAUAUGCAUUAUCUAAAUUACUUUUUAAUUGUAAUAAAAAAAUGUUUUUGAAACUAAUAAUAAAAAUAUAUGUACUGUGCGUUGUGACAAAUUCAUCUUGGAACUAAAUAAAGUUAUUUU